AUGAAGGUUUGCUUACAAAACACUUUGUUGCUAUUAGAACUGAUUCUCCGUUAUGGAGGACCACCGUUUACUCUCGUUGCCGCUAUCCUUGGUUCGGGUGCUGUAACCUGGGAGGUACGCAGGGAUCAUGCUCUCAACAAGACCGACUUCAAGAUUGACGAACUCAAAAAAGAUAUUGCGGACAUCGAAACAGACAUUCAGGGCUUCAGAGGCGAGAUGCAAGCCAUUCGGUCGAUGAUUAUUGUAACCUCUUUUUGUACCAUGAGAGCCAUCGACGGCGAUAAAAAGCCUUUGCAGGAGUGGGUGGGACGCAUUGAGCGUUGCCGGAAGACUGGUGGCGAAGACUCAGUCAAGAAAGAAUAG